CGGCGUGUCGCGUGGGAAGAGCCGCCGGCGCGCCUCGCCGCGUUCGUACCUGCGCGACGUGACGCGCUUUCAACUUCGGCCGAAUGCUCGCAGGCGCGCGCGCACGGGAAGUUCGCGGCGGUCGCCAGCGCGCGCGGCCGCAGCCCGGACGCCGUUUCGUUUUCCCCUCCGCGUUGCCGGCGUUGGUUUAAUCAAGCGGGUGCGAGGCGAGGAACGCGGUUGAUGUUUCCUCAACGGGCGCCCCCAGGGUCGCUUUUCAAGCCUGACUGCCGACAGCUCGCCACCUCUGUCGGGCUCCUGAGCGAGCCCAUCGAUUGCCUCCAGCUCCAGCAGACAGCGGGGAGGGCUAGGCUGUAGCCGCCAGCGGCCGAGCGGAGCCCACCUGCCUGGGUGGGAGAGCAUCGCCAUGGACACGGAGUCCACCUACUCGGGCUACUCCUACUACUCUGGACGCUCCCGGGGAUCCCACAGGCACGGGGAGCGAAGCAAAGACCGGCACAAGUCCCGCAGCAAAGACAGCCGGUCAGAAAAGUCUGUGACAAUAAACACGCCCCCUGCGGAGCCGCUGCUGGGCGACUCGGCUGUUCGUGGCGAGCAGGUCCAGGAUGACAACUGGGGCGAGACCACCACCGCCGUCACAGGCACCUCCGAGCACAGCCUCUCCCAGGAGGACAUCGUCCGCAUCACCAAGGACCUGGAGGAUAGCGUGGGGCUGGACUGUCGCCGUUACUUCACCCUGACUCUGGCCGUGAUCCUGGGCCUGCUUGUUUUCCUCACGCCUUUGGCCUUUCUAGUCCUGCCCCACCUGCUCUGGUUCGACCGGCUGCAGCCCUGCGGCACGGCCUGCGAGGGCCUCUUCAUCUCUGUGGCCUUCAAGCUGCUCAUCCUGCUGCUGGCCGUGUGGGCGCUGUUCUUCAGGGCGCCGCGCGCCAGCCUCCCGCGCGUCUACGUGUUCCGAGCACUGCUCGCGGUGCUGGUGCUGCUCUUCGUGCUCUCCUAUUGGCUGUUCUACGGCAUGAGGAUACUUGACUCACAGGAUGAAAACUACCAGGGCAUCGUGCAGUACGCCGUGUCGCUGGUGGACGCCCUGCUCUUCAUUCACUACCUGGCCAUCGUGCUGCUGGAGCUGCGGCAGCUGCAGCCGUGCUUCUCUGUGUGCGUGACGCGCUCCACCGAUGGGGAGACGCGGCACUACAACCUGGGACAGCUCAGCAUCCAGCGCGCAGCUCUGGCCGUCCUGCAGCACUACUACUGCGACUUUCCUGUGCACAACCCAGCGCUGCUUUCUGCCUCCAAGUCCCGCGCCGCCAAGCACCUGGCCGGUCUCAAGGUGUACAACGUGGAUGCCCCGGCUGAGGGUCCGGGGAACAAUGCGGCGGCCGCAGCGGCGGGCCUCGCACACUCCCAGUCCAGAGCUAUGAUCGCAGCCGCCGCCCGGCGCAGGGACACCAGCCACAACGAGCUGUACUACGAGGAAGCGGAGCACGAGAGGCGGGUCCGCAAGCGCAGAGCGCGACUGGUGGUGGCAGUAGAGGAGGCCUUCACACACAUCAAGCGCAUGCAGGAGGAGGAGCAGAAGAAGGCCCCAGGCGACGUGAUGGACCCGCGGGAGGCAGCUCAGGCCAUCUUUCCCUCCAUGGCUCGGGCCCUGCAGAAGUACCUGAGGACCACCAAGCAGCAGCACUGCCACAGCAUGGAGAGCAUCCAGCAGCACCUGGCCUUCUGCAUCACCAACAACAUGACCCCCAAGGCGUUCCUGGAGAGCUACCUGAGCCCAGGCCCCACGCUGCAGUACGGCCGGGACCACUGGCUGGCCCGGCAGUGGACGCUGGUCAGCGAGGCGUCCGUCACCAGCGGCCUGAAAGACGGCACCGUCUUCCUGCUCAAGUGCGUGGACUUCAGCCUGGUGGUGACGUCGAAGACGAUCCCGUACAUCCAGAUGUCGGAGGAAUACAUCGACCCCAAGUCGCACAAGUUUGUCCUCCGGCUACAGUCUGAAACCUCCGUGUAGGGCUCCACAGCUGUUACUUUGUUGCUCUGAGAUGUUUUCCCUUUGCUUUUGGUUGUCUUUGUUUUCAUUUUUAUUUUAAAAUUUUUAUAUAUUGUAUUUGAAUCUCUAUCAUAAUUAUAUUUGAAUAUAUGGAUCUUUUUUAUGUUUAAUUGUGGUUACAAAGAGUCAUCACGGGAUCACGCUCACACUUUGUGGGUUAAAAACCCACAAACUUUUAAUCCUUUGGUUUGAGACGCUGAAGCGAAACAUUUGCCGUUUCUGGCGUCACCACUGACAAAUGACGACGGACGAAUGGAUGUUGGAAACAUAAGAUACAUGAUGUUACAAUGUUACAUCAUGUAUCUGGAAAUGCUUUUGGACAUAAAAAGAAAGUAGAUGGAAUCCUGUUGUCUUAAAAGCCAAAUUAAAUGUUUACCAACAAACUUAAACUAAACCUUUAUCAUGUUGCAUCAUAACUCACCAGUUUAGUUUAAAAGAAAACCCAAAGGGUUGAAAUUCACGACACUCUGCUCACGGACAUGACUGUUCUCCUCAUCAUCAUCCGCCGUCAGGACGUCUGCCGAGCGACGGGGACACGCGCCACCAGCCUAAGAUGAACAUCAGCAGCCUCAAGUGCUAAUGUUUGCAGCCAAAGUCAGACUCUCAUCGUUGUUCUGCUGCUCCAUCUGUUUCCACUCCACCAGGCCAUGUUGGACACUGGACUCGGAACCAACAGGAUCAUAGGAGACGCACGCGUGCCCUCAGUCACGAGCUCCUUCUGCAGCAGCUGCCUGACGCGAUGGACAGGGAAGGACGAGCAACGUGUAAUAAAGUACUACUGACUAAUUAAACCCAGUGACUGGUAAAUACUGUGUACUGCACAUUUCCACAGCGACAGAACAAUGUUCUCUUCAACAAACUGAUGAUGCUUCAGUACCAAUGUCAGACCGUUCUUGUUUGCUGUGGUGUUCUUUGAUGUCAAGCUACUGUCGACAAAACUCAACACAGCUUCGUUGCUCCGCAGAUCAUUGUUCUGGCAGGUUCAGAGUUGUGCAUUAUGGGCAGAGGCAAAACAUGGAAGCGUGACGUUUUCUGUGUACACCUGCCUCCUAAAUACACUUUUAUCGCGUUGUUGAACAGAGGUGUGAAUGAGAGACCUGGAGUUGAGACUAGGCCCAGAGGUCACCGAUCUGCUACUGGGAGCCUCCACUUCGCCUCAGCUUGGGAGAAUUAAAACCAAAUCCCGUAGGAAAGGUUGAGUUUCAUCCAAGGUUCGAUAUUGUUGCAGAGCACACUACAUUGAUCAGAACGAGAGGGUAACUGGUUCUCUCUCUGUCUGAGCAAGAAUCUUUAAUGUAUGAUAAUGAGCGAGGGUGGAACCUCGUUCCCAACUGGACCGUCUGGUUUUCCUCCACCGCCGUGUGUCACCUCUGUUCUCUGACAAACAAGCUCACAGCGAGUCCCUCGAGGGACGAUGGCCGUCGCCAAAACACUUUCUCUCGACGAAUCAGUGGAAGUCGUGCAUCCAGGAAACCACCGAUCGCACAAACGUGACCUUUAACUCUGACUCUGGAGGCCUGAUCCACGUUGAGUCGGACGGAUGGUUUGGUCUGUGGCCUACUGCCCCCUGGCUGCUGGCACCAGUAUUGCCAGUUUGCCUGAGGGGAGCAGCAACAUGUUGUCACAUAAUGUAACAAAAAGAUAUUGUAUAUUUAGAAAAACCAAACCGUUAAACCACCUGGAGGAAACUCAAGAAACACUUUGUUCACUGUGUGGAGCACAAACACCCGCCACUGCUCUCGUUCUAGACCUGCUGACAAACUUUGUACGAUCUCAACGUGACGGUGCCUCCUGUUUUUACACUGUGUCUAUUUAUGUAAACAAGCAUGUGUGCGUGUGUGUUUGUCAUUCCAGUUCACACAACCAGCCCUUCUCCCCCUCUUCCCUCCAUCAGCACCAUCUGUCACUUUGUUGCCAGGUUACAGGCCUUUGUCGUGGUUGGGGUUUUGUUGGACAGCUUUAUGACGAUGGCGUGACAUUGCAAUGUACCAUGUUUCACUGUCGCAGCUUUGAUAUUUGUAAAACAGAAGAAGAAAUAAACAUUUUUACGACCA